GGGCGACGGGCGGCCAUGGCGACAGGCGGCGGAGGAGCCGGUCCCGGUGCGGGCAGAGCCGGAGGGCGGCGGAGCCCGGGGCUGCCGUGGGCUGAAAACAAGAGGCUGAGCAAGGCGGCGGAUGCGGUGGAGAAGAAGGGGCCGUACAUCGUGAGCAAACCCCCCUCCAUCCACGCCAAGCUCAAGCGGCAGCGCGAGCUGGCGAAGGCGGUGCUGCGGAGGCAGGGGCUGCUGGGGGCACCCGCGCCAAACCCGAAACCAGCACCAAAAAGGUCAGUCAAGUUUAACAAGGGCUACACGGCGCUGAGCCAGACGGCGGAUGAGAACCUGCUCUCCCUCGAUUCGGAUAGUGACGAGGAGCCAGGAUCCAGAUGUUCCUCAGGCUACUCCUCCGCUGAGCAGGUGAACCAGGACCUGAGCCGGCAGCUGCUGCAGGAUGGGUACCACCUCGACGAGGUCCCCGAUGAUGAGGAUCUGGAUCUCAUCCCCCCGAAACCCGUCACCUCCUCUUCUUGCCCCUGUUGUUUCGGAGACAACGUCUCCUGUGUGAUCCAGUAGACGAUGCUCAGCCGGGGCUGUGCAAGAACAGGUCACAAACCAGCACUUUCUUUGUCCCAUGGGAUGGCUGUUGGUGCCCGUGUCCACGCUGGGACAGGGACACAAGGACCAAACGAUGCUGCGCUGCUUCUCGUGGCGAGCAGCAGCCACCAACCCACCCCAGAGGACUUUUCCUUCUGCUCAGCAAUAGCAGGGAGAGGUGCACAGUGAUGUUUAGGUGGCCUGGAUGGGACCAGUCACCCGGUUGGGGUGCAGCAGAGCCCAGGCACCUCCCAAGGAGUGUAAAAGGGGAAGGACCUGGGAUGUGCAGCAGCAGAUGCUCCCUGCUUUGCGUCACCUCUUUUCCUCCUUUAAUUGGCCGUGGUGAGGUUUAGGACCUGGCCCCAGCCAUGGGUUUUCCUACCCUAAUGAUGGUCAUUGAUUACUGCUGGGUUCCCUCCUCCCAAAGCCUGGGCUGAGCUGACCCAAAGCUGGCAGCUCCGAUGGAGACGUGGGGACCCCAAUGGAGCAGGCUGAGCUUUAGCUGUGUGCAUUGUUACAUCCACCCGCAGCCACUGCGCACGCUGGGACCUCCCUGUCCUCUCUCUGCCCCUCGAGGACCCACUAAGGUCUGGCUUUGGAGCUGGUGGCAUGUUCCAGUUGUCCCCAGAGCUGCUCUGAUGGAGGCGAGGGGCAGCCCAGACCCCCCGUGCUCUGUGCAGCUCCUUUUGGGUGCAGGUUUGGGGGGUCUUGGGGCUCUGCUGUGAACCUUAAAAGCUGCCUUAAAUCAUGGUCCUGCUACUACAUAGAGGACAAUCAGCUGCUUAGAAAGAAACCUUAUUUAAAUAGUUCAUGUCUAGAGACCUGAACUGUUGGUUUUGGGGUGUGGUGUUGUAUUUUACUCAUUCAAGGGAGCACUUAAUAAACUGGAUCUUGUUACUCA